AUGUGGCCUGAACUUAAAAUUGUUCACGGUAAGCCAAGGCACAGCCAAAGUCAGGGGAGUGUUGAAAGAGCGAAUCAAGACGUCGAGAAUAUGCUUACAACAUGGAUGCAAACAGAAAAAAAUUCUCAUUGGAGUCAAGGAUUAAGAUUCAUUCAAUUAAUGAAAAAUAGGGCAUUACAUUCUGGGAUUAAGAUGUCACCAUAUGAGGCACUAUUUGGUUGUAAGGUCAAGGUUGGGCUUAGUACAUCAAAUUUACCGAAAGAAGUAGUCGACAAUUUAGAAAAUGAAGAACAAUUACUAGAAAUAUUUUAA